AUGUAUUGCUUAUCUCGUGUUCUUUGGCGACCAUAUUCGUGGUCGAUGUUAAAAUGCAGGUUAUCAUCGGUUGGUAUUGUAUGUCAUCUAUUAUCUAUUCGAUCACAUUCAUCAUUGUCCAAACCUCCUAUUCAAUUCAGUUUCGUACCACCAAAAUUACCGGUGGAAUUGGAACAAUACGGUCAUCUACUUGUUGAAUAUGUUUCGUCUAUGUGCAUGGCAUUCAAUAUUCAAGCUAUGACAUGUAUCACCACACUUGAAAGUUAUCAUAGUAUGGAUAAAUUAGAGAUGCAACGUGAAUUUCUUACCAUUGAUGCUGAUCGACAACGACAAAUAACUUAUUUAACCAGUGAACUUUUGAAGGCUACUCAUCGAUUUAAUCUACGAGGUGCAAUUGAAUUUAUUCGUGAACGAAUAAAAUCCCGAUCAUCAUCAUCAUCUUCUAGUUCACAUUCAUCUCCGAUUGCUACAAGCGUUAUAGACAAGCCGAUGCAAAUGUUAUUAAAUGAUCAUGAAUUUUAUCAUGAACUUUCACGAGCAGCACUUUUGAAUCAGAUUGUCUUCAAUGAUAUUCAACGUUCGAUGAUGGGAUUAUAUCAUUCAUUAAGUAAAUAUUUUCAUUCUCAACAGACAUGCGAAAAUAUUGUAAUUGAUGCUCGUUUACUUGCUCCCUCUGAACAAUUCAUUCAACGUUUAAAAAUGAUGGAAACAAGUCUUCAUAGAGAUGUUAAUGAAAGAGAUCAUCGUAUUGUUGAUAUAUCUAAAUAUACAAUUGAUGAUUUACCACCUUUAAUAAAUGAACUUGAACAAGUACAAAAUCGUUUUGAUAUAGCAGCUGUUAAUAAAAAUAAAUAA